CUCGCUUUCGAAGCCUGUGGCAACUUUUCGUGCGAGUCAGCAAAUUACAAUUUAGAAAUGCCUCCUAAAUUGAAAUUUGGCGAAGGAGAACGUAUUCUAUGCUACCACGGUCCUUUGAUAUACGAAGCAAAGUGUAUGAAAGGGCAGAUGAAGGAUAAAGUGACAAGAUAUCUCAUUCAUUACAAUGGUUGGAACAAAAAUUGGGACGAGUGGGUACCGGAAAAUCGGGUGCUCAAAUUUAACGAGGCUAAUCUUCAAAAACAGAGGGAGCUCAGAGAACAAAACUUAAAAAGCAAGAAAUCAAGAAAGAGAACAGACAAACAAGGAGGGGACAGUGAGAAACCUUUGAAACGCGAGUCAGUUGUAGAUGCCCCUGGGCCAGCACGGAAAAAGAGAUCAAGGAUAGUUAAUCCAAUAGAAAAUGAUGAAAACUACAUAUCACGUGUUGAUGUAAAAAUAACUAUUCCAGAUGAUCUCAAACAAUGGCUCAUAGAUGACUGGGAUCUUGUUACUCGGCAAAAACAGCUUGUCCCUAUUCCAAGGAAAAAGAAUAUUAAAGAAAUUUUGGAUGAAUACAUAAAAUCAAGAACUGCUAAUCCCGAUGAAGGGUUCAAGCCAGGAGUUGUUCAAGAGGUUGCAGAUGGUAUUCAGGAGUAUUUUAAUGUUAUGCUUGGAACACAGUUGCUCUAUAAGUUUGAAAGGACUCAGUAUGGCGAUAUUCUUGCUGAACACACAAAUCUUCCCAUGUCUCAUUUAUAUGGUGCAGAACACUUGCUUAGACUUUUUGUGAAGUUAGGGAAUGCCUUGUCUUUUUCCAACUUGGAUGAAAAAAGUGUUCAAUUUGUGGUUACGCACAUUCAAGACUUCCUAGACUAUCUGUCAAAGAAAGCAGAUAGUUUGUUUACCACAGACUAUGAGACUGCCACACCAGAGUACCAUCGCAGGGCAGCAACGUGAAGUAUUUAAAGACAGCAAUGUGAAUUAUUUUAUGACUAAUGACAUAAAUUUUCAAAUUCCAUGCACUCUUUCAUGUAAACUGCAACAGAAUGUGGUAAAUUAAACUUUUCAGAAGGAAACAUAUCUCAAGUUUUGAAUGCAGUGCUUUGUUUUCAUGAAUUAUACAGACUUUGUUUUAAAGUGUGUUAGUUUUGGACUAACUGUUAAUCUACGUAGUAAAGUUUUAUCUCUUCACUAGGCCUCCAAACAUGGUUAUGAAAAUUAUCUCUCUAUGAUCCCAUAUUUUGUAUUUACUAAGUAGUGUAUUAAACAUGCUUUGUGUCUAUAGUUUACUUAUGCAUUGAUAAAUGUUUGAAGCUUCAACAUCCCCUCCCCCCUUGCCUUUAGUAACCUCUUGGCAUUUGAACUUUUGAAGACUGUUUUGUUCAAAUUCCUGCUUCCCAGAAAAAUAAUUGUGUUUAAAUGCCUCACUUAAUUUUUGUUGUAAAUGCAAAAUAAGAAACUAUGACUUUUUUCACAAUGGCCGAGCCUUAAGACCUAGACCUUGCUAUUUUCUGCCAAGAGUGAACUAUUUAUCUUAAAUUAUCAUUACACCAGAAUACACAACAAAUAUUUGGCUGGAAAGACUUGACACUUGUGGCUCAAAUUCCUCACCCCAAGCAGGCUAGGUUGAAAUUCUCCAUCCCCUGGACAUGGAUGACAGUCAAAUGCACGGGAAAGGUGGGGAGGGGGGUAUGUUUAAGCUUUGAAUUGACUAGUGCAUUAGUGUGUUAAUAUUCAAUCUGGUUCUUUGUGGUGUGUAUGAUUUAUCUGAAUUAUUAGUCAUUACAUUUCUACUUUUGAGUGAUCUGAUAUACUUUCCAAUUUACUGAAAAACUAAUAAAGUGAUUCAUAAGA